ACGCCGAACAUCGCCCGGUGGCCCGGUCUACCGCAAGCAAGCGCCGCGGGGGGCUCGUGCAGAGCCAACCUCAGCCCCUUGCCGACGACGGAAUGUCUGCUGGCCAACCUUCAUCCCAAGUUGACAGGCCCACCUACCACCUGGAGCCGGAGCACGUGCCGUCGGGGACUCGUCCGUCUCCCCGACAAGCUCAUGAGGUAGCCGAAUCUUCGGAGGACGACUCUAUCUUCAAGGAAGGCAUCUCCGAUAUGGACGACUCUGAAGGGUCCCAAGACUGGACCGAAUCGCGAGGCAAAAAGCGCCGACGGAAAAGUGGCGGCUCGGGCACGUCCGGGACUACUAGCCACAGGCUACUUGAAGAGGGGUUCACCGUCUUGUUCGCCCCCACCAACUCCGACUCGGUUGCGUCGCUCAGUCCAUCCAAGCUUACAGAAUACGUCGAAUGUGCUGCGCCAGGUGCCGUCAAAGAAGUCCGCGUCAACAAGGCAAGGAACUUAAUCGCGGUCGAAGCACGGACACCCAAGCUCAAAGGAGUACUCCUGGACCUCAAGGUACUCUGCACCACUCCUGUCCGAGCAUUCCUCCCCAGUCCCCCGAACACCUGCAUCGGGCUUAUCAGGGACGUGGAACUCGGCCUUUCUGACGCUGACAUCCGGAACCAGAUACGGGCUCCAGUCAAGAUCUGGGACGUGCGGCGACUUGGGGAGAAGUCUAAACUCGUGAAGAUUGUCUUCCUCGGGAAGACGCGGCCCGACUCCCUCCUCUACGGACUAGUUCGAACUCCGGUCCUGCCUUUCAAGGUAAAAGCCCUGCAGUGUCGGCGGUGCCUCCGUUACGGCCAUAUAUCCGCGGUCUGCAAUCGUCCCCAGGCAUGCGCACGAUGCGGCGCCUCACACGACGGCGGGUGCGAAUCACCCGAACCAAAGUGCAUCAACUGUCGUCAGAGCCAUGAGGCCACGUCCUCGUCCUGCCCAACCCGACGUCGAGAGGUCGCCAUCUCGCGUUACCGCUCAGAAAACAACGCAACGUUCCGGGAUGCUCGCGAAGCACUCCGCAACUCCUCGUCAGCCAAGUCAGACAAGAAUUCACGCAGUGAGCAGGGUAGCACCCCCUCAGACAAGAAUGUACCCCAAGACGCGCGUCCUUCCCCGACUGACACUCAUGCACCGGCGGUAUCAUCCCCUACCUGCCAAGAAACCGAUGCCACUCCCGGCACCAGCCUCUCAGCCUCCAGCACCACGGUAAAACAGACCUGGGCAGAAACUGUCAAAAGCUCGAAACCAUCCAAAGGCCGCGACACCCGAGCUUCUCGACAAGGCGCACCUGUGCCGCCAUCUUCAGGCCACACCGAAGCCGCCGCCCCCUUCUCGCCGCAUCCCUUCAAGUCCAUUGUAACCAUGAUCUUUGGCGCCGUGCGUGACCUAAUCCACAUCCUGCCAACAUCCUCGUUCCGUAAGUUCCUGGAAGCCGUCCUAGCGCUCGAGGGCAUCAUAGGGGCGCUGCUCUGAAGCUCGACUGACAGCGGUACCCUUAGCCCCGCUGAUGCCUCCCUCAGUGCAUCAGUCCCCUGCUAGAGGGCGACGACAGACCCCUGUGGCUCUACAGUGGAACUGUGCAGGUCUGCUGACCAGACUGGCAGAGUUGUCCCUCUACCUUCAACAAUGGAAGAUACCCAUUUUAGCUCUUUGCGAAGCUGGUCUCCCAGGAAAUCGCAGCAUCCCUGGGUAUUUUGCUUAUAAAAACCCGUCCAUACCAAGCUUUCCAAACGGCAGCGCUGCAAUUUAUAUCCAAAAAGCUAUCCCUCACCAUGUCGUGGAUGUCUCUGACCUCUGCACUGUUAACCGGGACCUCGUUGCGGUGCGUGCUGAGAUCGCCGGGCGGCGCCUCACUAUUAUCUCAAUUUAUGUCCGCCCAGGAGGGGGCGCUGUGGAGGUCGCCGGC